AUGGAGCGUCUGAUUUGCGUUGCACAGCCGAUUGCACGUAUACAUUGUCUUACCGAGAUACUCGCACAGGCAAGAGUUGAUUGGCCUCAUCGCUACCGCGACGGGGUCAGGACGAGGUUCUUCGCGCCGGCGAACCUGCGCGCCGCGUCCGAGUCGCCCGCGUACAUGGCGCUCGUGCAGCACUACAUCACGGAGCGCUACACGCUGCGCUACAGCGGCGGGUUGGUGCCCCCGACCUGGUGCAUGCCAUGGUCAAGGGCCCACGGCAUCUACGUCUCGCCCCGUGUCAUCGGGCAGCCGCGCCAGGCUGCGCAGGCUGUUUGA